AUGCAACGCUUAUGGUUAUCCUUGAAGGACAAUGUCAAAUGUGGAAACAAGAUCACUGAUGUAAUAAAGCUACCACCAAAAUUUGGCAAAGGAAGUAGCUUUCUUCUACAAAAGGAAGAGAAAAUAAACAAACAAGAUGAAGAAGAAGAAGAAAGCUUCCCCUUCAUGAAAACUCCAGCUAGAUUGGUUCUUUCCAAGCCAAACAACACUCAUGCUCGACUUUACGAGCUUGGUGAUGGAGAUCCGUCGAGAAAAAUUGUCGAGAUGAUAUUUCAAAAGGCGUCGAUGAACACAUCGAGGCAUCCGAGGAAGGUUAGGACAGUUCUAAGGGUGAGAUACUCAGAAGAAGUUUUCGAAAGGUUUGAGAAAUAUCGAGAAAAGGUGAAGAAAGAGUAUCCAAGGCAUCCAAGGAGUGCAGUAGAUGGAAAUGAAUUGUUGAGAUUCUAUGUCACUACAAUGAGAUGCUUCCAAGGGAAGAAAGUUUGUGAUCUUUGUAACGAUCCGUCGUGUUGUUUUUGUCGAAUAAUUCAGUUCAACUUCGACGAGGAACACGCUGGGAUUCAGAUGAAUGUAAGUGACGGAAAAAGUUUCGAUGCGAGAGUGAAGAAUGUGAAAAGAGUUUCGAUAGUUUGUAGAAUAAUUGCUGGAAGUUCAGUGAAUGAAGUGGAUGGUGAAUAUGAACAAGGGUUUGAGAAUGAAAUGCAGUUUAGCUUAGAAAGAUUUGUAGUGAAAAAUCCAUGUUCUAUUCUUCCUUGUUUUGUCAUAAUUUUCAGCUAA